GGAUCGCCAUUUUGUAUUUGCCACCGCUCAAGAAGCACAUGUAUUUGACACUGUGAAACGUCAAUGCGUUUAUUUGAAAUGUUAUUAGAUUUUUUUAUUUAAUGUAACAAAAAGAUGUCGAAAUACUCAGAAAUAGAUAUGGAAGCAGAAUCAAUUAUGAGGAAGAUGCAAAAAGUGGAGGAUGCUUUGCAAGAUUCUUUGCAUAGGGUUCAUAUACUUGAAAACAGAUUGAAAACAAAAUUGUUGACAAUGGAAAAUCGUGAACGGCUAGAGACUGAGCUUGAAGAAGUUAAGGAGGUACUUAAGAGGAAUGAAGAAAAAUUGUUAAGCUUAAGAAAGCAGAACAGAAAGACUUACAUGGUAGCAGCGAGCAUGGUUUUUGCAUGUUUUUUACUUUAUGGAUUAUAUUUAAUGAUUUAUGGAAAAUUAUAAUUUUUUACUGCAUAUUUCUAGAAAUUUUGUAUUAAUGUGUAUAAUAUUAAAAUUUUAUUAAAUAAGUAAUAUAAAUAUGUAUUAAUAAUUCUAUGCUCAUUGACUGCCAUAAAAACAAAGGAGUCUAUAAGAAUAAGGUUUGGCAUUCUUUUGGAUCAAACAUUUUUUAUGUAAUAUCUGUCACUAUGCAAUUAUAGUUAUUUAAUAAUUAUAUUGCACUUUAUUAUAGUUUUGAAGGUUUGGCUUGAAAAGGAAGAAAAUUAAUGAUGCAACACUUUUAUUAAUUACAUUUUGCAAACAUUUAUUAGAAUUUAAUGUCUUAGAUUUAAUGGAACAGUUUUAUAUAUUAGAUUUACAGCUGAGUAACACGGUGCUAUAUUUCAUUAAGUAACAAUAUAAUUUUUUAUAAUGAAAAUAAUAUAUUUUUUUCAUUUUUCAUAUAAGUAUAGUCUUUUUAUUAUAAAGCAUAAUAGUAAUUGCAUUAAAGAUAAAGAAAAAAAUGCAUUCUUUAUGUUAGUCUUGUAAAGAACAUUUCUGUAAAUAAAUGAAUGUUACCUAUUAGACUAUUACCAACAUUAUAGUUACUGUUUUUCUUUGAAUACAAUAUUGUGUAUUCCUAAUACAAGUAUUGAUAUUAUUAAAUUAAGCAGUAACUAAAUCAUAUUGCGGUGUUCCAGCAAGGCGACUUUGCAUGUAUUUAGCAUGCACUUCAGUAUCUAAGUAACUAUUUUUUACUGCUGCAUUUUCUUUCAUAGCAGAUCUCCAUUCCAACUGAAAUUGUAAAUAAAUGUGUUUGUAAUUAUGUAUUAUUUAUACAUAGCAACUUUAUACCAGUCUAU